CACGUCAACAAAUUGUGUUUGCGUGUGACAACCUCGUACUCUUGACAAUACAAAAAAUCCGUGCUGAAAUAUGUUGAGUUAAAAUUCAUUAACUUUCGCAACUAUAAGAAAUAAUUGUGUUUCUUUUAAAAUGGCUAGUCCACGUACACGUCGUGUUCUUCAAGAAUUAAAACCCAAGGAUGAAAACUCGAAAUGCUUUGAGUGUGGUACACACAAUCCACAGUGGGUUUCGGUUACGUACGGCAUAUGGAUAUGCUUGGAAUGUUCAGGAAAGCAUCGUGGUCUGGGCGUGCACAUAUCAUUUGUACGUUCCGUAACUAUGGAUAAGUGGAAAGAUAUUGAAUUGGAAAAAAUGAAAGUCGGUGGAAACAGUAAAGCUAGAGAAUUUUUCGAGGAUCAUCCCGAUUGGGAUGAUCGAGCAGCCAUUACACAACGCUAUAAUUCUAAGGUUGCUGCUUUAUACCGAGAUAAAAUAUCCGCUUUAGCCCAAGGAAAGUCUUGGGAUUUACAAGAAGCACAAGAACGAAUUUCCGCUAACAAUACAUUCAGCAACAAUUAUUUUGGUGACAAAAAUAUCAACUAUACUUCUCAUUCCAAAAGUAGUGGUUCUGAAGGUGGUUAUCAGGCAGAGUCAAACAUUGGAUGUAGUAAUGUUUCAAAUAAUUAUCAGCAGUUCAAUACGCCUGAGUUCAAAGAGCAGAAGGAGGAGUUCUUUGAGCGUCGAAAAAUGGAAAAUGCAUCACGUCCAGACCAUUUGCCUCCCAGCCAAGGUGGAAAAUAUUCUGGCUUUGGAUAUUCUCGAGAUCCGCCAACAAAAACUCAAUCUCAGGAAAUUAUUGACUCCACGCUAUCUUCCUUAGCUUCGGGGUGGAGUUUAUUUUCCGCAGGAGCGUCGAAAAUUGCAAGUACGGCCAAGGAAAAAGCUGUCACGACUGUAAGCUUGGCUUCUUCAAAGAUUAAAGAAGGCGGUUUAUUAGAAACUGUCCAAGGCCAUGUUUCUGAUGUGGCAUACAAGGUAACAGAUAUUGGGAAAAGAGGUUGGAACAAUAUUGGUGGAAGUAACGUAGCAUCAAAUCAAUUUAAUCCAAAUGGGAACAAUAACAGUUGCAACGAUAAUUCCUAUCAACGAUCACAUUCCAUUGGUGGUGACGGUGACUGGGAGUGGGGAGAUAGUUCCUCUAAACCAACAAUUACUCAAUCUAAUUCGUAUCAUCAACAACUCGGUGAAACGAAUGAUAAUAAUUGGUCAGGAUUCGAUUCUGGAGGAUAUCAAAGCGCUUAUCAACAAACGAAAACAAUUGGAGCUGGUCCUGGCCCGACAUCGGUCAAGAAAAAUACAAAUAUUCAACCAACUUCUCAAAAAUUAUGUGAUGGUUUCAAUAGUCUUGAUGUUAAAAAUGUAGCCACCAAAAAUACCAAUAAUGGGAAGGCCACAGAGGAAGACGCUGCUUGGGAUUUGCUAUUGAAUUAAAAGAGGUAUAUCGAUUUUUGAAAUGUUUAACAACUUUUUGGUGAUUUUGCGCGAAGUGAUAUAUGACGAAAACUAAAUUGUAGAGGAAAGUGCUUUUCAAAGUUUUGUAUUAUGUUUUAUUGCACUAGCUGUAAUAAAAAAGUAUAUAUGUAUUUUCAUGAAGGCAUUCUCAUAAAAAUCUUAAAAACGUUAAUUCCGCGCAAAGUCAUCGAUAUAUCUUUCAAGUGUUACAUUGAUUAGAAAUUUAAAAAGUGUAAUAUGUUUUAACAAAUAAAUAUCCAUCGUAUAACAAAAUAUAUUCUAAAAUUUAAUAGUGAUUUCGAAAUAUUCUUGUCUUAGAUAUGAAUUUGAAAACCCAGCUAAACAAGUAUACACCCUUUAUGAGGGUGUAUUCUGGAAGAAUGAAGAACCCCACUAAAAAUACCUAACAUAUUUGAAUUUACCAAAAAUAACUUUUUAAGCUAUACCUCCCGCCACUGCUAUCUCCUUUACUGACAUUGAUAUUGAAAAUUAUUUUGAAUCCAGAACUGCAACGUCAACAUUCAUCAACUCCACUAUAGACUGCAGUCAGUGCUAUUCACUAAGAGCAUACAGAUCUCUCAAUUUGAUAAUUGGAACGAAAGCCGUUUCCAAGACAGUCAGAUUAUAUGAAAUAUACUAUUUGGUGAUCAUUACUUUGCCAUUAAUGUAUAUGUUUGGAAUAUUAAACAAGAUAUCUUAAUGACACUAAUUGAGCACUUGAGCGUAAUCAAUUCACAAUUUUUCUUAAUAAUGAAUGUUAAAUUCUUUAAAUUACGGCAAUAUAAAUUAUUUUCAUUUAUUUAUAUUAUUUGAAUAUACUUCUAUUGUUACUAAACAGCAUUUCUUAUAAUCCUACAAGUUCGAUUUGUAAUUGUUUUGCUGUUACAUUUCAGAACGAAAACUCAAAAUAUUAAUGGUCAACUUGGUUGGUAUGUACAUAUAUACAUGCAUACAUACAUACGUAUGUGUAUGUAUCCUAACUUUAAAAGGUGUUCAUAAAUAUAUUUUAUGUAGUAUAAUCAGGCUUUGGAAUCUCCGGAUAAACUUGCUUUUGAGGCUUAAGCGGCACCUGAGGUUUACCUAGCAUACUUGUGUAUGACCAAGGCAAUUGACUUCGUAAUUCUGCGUUCACACGUGAGUUUGGCUGCAUUGAGACAUCUACAUUUGAAUAGCGGCUAUUUAGAGGGGUUUCUGUUGAGAGGUGUUGAACUUGUUCCAGAGGUAAACUAGGAGAAAUCGGCCUAGAGCUCGUAGCUGGGUAGUCAAGGCGAUCAGGAUGUGUAUCGGUGUUGCGAUACGAUCCAUUAUUGUCAACUGUUUUCAAUUGCUCACUAUCAUUUUGUAUUGACACAGAUGAGACUUGGCGAAUUGUAGUCGAGACAAUCGAUGGUGGGUUUUCGUUCGAAUUUAUUUCAUUUUGAAUUGGCGUUCGAAUUUGUUCAGUUACUAGCUCUUGUGUCCUUGCACCAGUUUGAAUGGGUUUCAGUUCUGAACGGCGAGGGUUAGUGUCUACCGAAUUGUUUCCAAUGACUCCAAUAGAAGAGCUUUGAUCUCCAGAGAUGUUGGUGGAACUUUCGUUUGUUAUUGAAUUAGAAUUCUGAAACGAAAUAAAUCAAUUUUAAAUCCAUUUUAUACAUGCAAAUGAUUAUAAGUUCGUAGUCCUUACAUUUUUUGCCAGAACAUGAGAUAACGACAAGCAAAAUCCGGUACCAAAAAUGUUAAGCAGCCAUAUGAGCACUACACGUGAACUCAAACAGGCCAUAACGACAGCAGGUGUAAUGAAAUAAGCAUCAAACUUUUCCAUGAUACUCAUUAAAGCAGCAUUUGUGGUAUCAGCUCCGAUAUAUGUAAAUGCAUCGUUGACUGUCUGAAAUUUGAAAUUUACCAUUAAUUAUUAAAUAAUAAUUGAUUUGAUGUUGAACUUAAAUAUGCGGAAAUAAUGAAUUAGUGGAGUGGUUUUUAUCUUUUAAGUGCCUUUUUAAUAUUUAAAUGCAUGAAAAUGAAUGCGCUGAACAUUGUCAACAGGAUAACAUACACAUAUUUAUGUAAUAUUUUUUUGUAUUUUUUUGUUAUUAAUAAGAAAUCAAUGUGAUUUUCAUUCUAGAAGAAAAAAUAUUAAAUCGAAGUAUUUGCUGUGAAAAAACUUGAUAAGUACCUCGAGGCACUUAAGUGGAAUUAAUUUAAGUACCUUCUCCGCUUUAGUGCCUCAAAAGCUUUACAUCUUUAGCAGUGGCACUUAAGCGGGGAUUACUGUAAUAUCGAGAAAAGGCUGAAAAAUAUUUGCUCUGAGUAAAAGAUUGCGCCGUAAACAAGAUUAUAUGUGAUACUGUCAAGGGUCCCCGACAUUUCAUAAAAUCGUUCUCGUUUUAAUGGUGCCAAAGCAUUUUCAACGAUCAAGGAAUGGUUUUCUGUUUAUCGUCGUAACCGUAUCAGCACAAAUGAUGCAUUCCGUUCAAUGAAUUUGACUGAGUUAGUUAACAACAUGGUCAUCUCCAAGGAACACGUAGGUAAUUGCAAUUACGAAUCGAAGGAUUGAAUGAAGGAAUUGCAUUAUCGGAAUGUUUUAGGACCGUUAAAAAAAUUAAUUACUUACUCUAUAUGAAUAAUUUUCAUUGUGUGUAUAAUGUCACAUAUAAAAUAUCCAGUUGCUACGCCAUCGAGAACACUUCCUCCGAUUACAAACAAAAACCAUGGCCAAAAUGAAAUGGCUGCAACAAAGUUUGUAACACGCCCACAAAUUGAAGCUAUCGUGUAAAAACAUAUUAGCAUUCCUGUAUAUGCAAACUUUUAAACUUUUAACAUUUUAAUUGUACUCAUACAACUUAAUUAAGAUAAUAAAAAAAAUUUUAAAGUUGA